CAUAUUGUCAAUUUUAUACAAUACAUGUAUAAUGAACUCGACAUUAUGCUCAAUCAUAUUGCUUACAACUUUUUAUCAACUUUCAAAUACAAUUGAUUGGGACAAAGUUCCUCAUGGAAAGAUUAUGAAAUAUGAAGAAAUUGUAAACGUACCAGACAAUAUGAUUUUAAGUGAAAUAAACGGCGGUAAUAUUUCGUUAGAGCAAUAUCACUUGGCUAUGAAGAUCAGGUCGUAUAAAUAUUUAUACUUACUUUUAAUUUAUACUGAAUGUGAAUUAGAGAAUGAUCAAACAUCUACUGUUAUUUCUGUGAUACAAGAUUCCAAAGAGCAUAUAAUAAAUUUUAUGAAUCAUUAUAAUAUAAAUAUUUAUGAUUUAGAAAAGUAUAAACUAGUAUCAACUGAUUUAAAACAUUUUAAAAAUUAUCUGUAUAUAUUAAUAUUAUUUGAUAAUGAUGUAUUUAAGAAAAUAGGAAAUAAAGAUGAUGCACUUGAGAAUAAUAAGGAUUUUAUCUUGGCCAAUAAACACAAAGAAGAAGUAUCGUUAGUGGAUACUAAAGAUGAAAGUCUAAUAGAAACUGAAGCGGAACAUUAUCAGAUAAAACUUAAAGAGGAAAUUAAUUCUAUGCAGUAUUUUAGAAGUUUAUUUGAUAAAAAAGAAUUUAAUAAAUAUUUUCCUUCGACUACUUUUAGUUGUUUUUUAAAUAUGUCAGCCAUAGAUUAUCUUUCUAAUAAAAUUAAAGAGAUCUAUAAUAUACCAUAUAAGAAAUAAAUUAAAUAAUAAAUUACUAAUUAUUAUUGUAGAAACUAUAAGUAUAAAUUGUUAUAUUUUAUGUAUGUAUUUCAUAAUGUUUGUAUUUUUAAAUUACAUAGAAGUUUAAAUAUUAUUUGUAUUGCAUUAUAGUAAUAAGCACAUUUUAAUUUAAAAAAAUUAAAGAACGUUUAACAGGUUACGUCAGAAGUUGACUUUCUUGGUUUGUAAAAUAAAAAUAAAUUAUUAAAUAUAAGUACACUUAACUUAAAUUUUUUAUAAUUCAAACAUUUUCGUUAGCUUUAAACGAAGGAAGGAAUGAUCAAAAAAAUAAAGAAUUCUUCAUUUGCUAAUAAAAAGAAAAUAUUUUUAGAA